UUUUCAGGAGCAGCUCCGCCAACUCCGCUCCAAAGAAAUUAGAAUCUGUGCCGUUUGACAUAACUUCGGCUCCAGUUAAGUUACAGUUAGGAGCUGGAGCUGUGCCGAACGGGUCUUUAUUUUAGGACGAAGGGAGUAGAAGUUAAUACAAGAGGUCACUAGCGGCCUCCAAAAUGGUACCUCACAGAGGAUAUGAUGUGAAACACUGCCACCGCUCGUAGCUAGGCGAGAGCAUGAUUGCCACCCGGAGAUUGAUAUGGGUGGAGGGGGAUCCAUACCACAACAACGCUUCUACUAUGAAGGGUACGACAUGACGGUCAAACUGCCGAUUGUCGCUUAAAUUAGCAUAAAUCUUCGACGAUAUGCAAGGCUGUUCGUCCUGAUCAGUGAUCAUCACCACGCUGCCAGCUGAUGGAUCCUGAAUCGGAUGACAUGACGAGAUGAUGGCAGAGGAAAAAAAAUAGAAUUUCUGAUUAGUCCAUCAAAUCAGAGAGCAGCUAAACAAACAGGAGCAAAGCGGAUAAAGAUUUCGAUAAGGCAAGGCAGCCACAGCAACAGCUCAAAAGCAAAGCCGUAAAGCAAAGCGAGGCGAGCGAGCGAGCCGAGGUGAUCACCAUGGCGGCGGCGGCGGAGGCGCACUUCCUCAUCGUCACGUACCCGUCUCAGGGCCACGUCACGCCGGCGCGCCACCUCGCCGGCCGCCUCGUCCACGGCGGCGCGCGCGUCACCGUCUGCGUCCCUGUCUCCGCGUUCCGCAAGAUGUUCGACACGGACGGCGAGGUGGUGGAGAGUGGUGGUGGGGUGGCGUAUGUUGCGUACUCCGAUGGCUACGACGGCGGGUUCGACCGGGCGGCGGACGACCACACGCGGUACAUGGCGCAGGUGAGGACGGUGGGCGCGCGCACGGUGGCCGGGGUGCUCCGGCGGCUCCGCGACGUGGGGCGGCCCGUCACGUGCGCCGUCUACACGCUGCUCCUGCCGUGGGUGGCGGACGUCGCGCGCGACCACGGCGUGGCGGCCGUCGCCGUGUUCUGGAUCCAGCCGACCACCGCGCUCGCCGCGUACUACCACUACUUCCGCGGCGGGCGCGACGCCGUCGUCGCGGCGGUCGAGUCGGGCAACCCGUUCGCCGAGGUGAGCCUCCCGGGGCUCCCGCCGCUGCGCGUCCGCGACCUCCCGUCCUUCCUCGCCAUCACCUCCGCCGACGACCCCUUCGCCUUCGUGCUCUCCGAGUUCGAAGCGCUCAUCGACACGCUCGAACGCGGCGCCGAGCCCCCGACCUAUGUCCUCGCCAACACUUUCGACGCCAUGGAGCGCGACGCGGUCCUUUCGCUCAGGCCACACAUCGACGUCGUCGCCGUCGGCCCGGUGCUCUCCUUCCUGCACGCCGACGCCGACGAGACCAAGACCGUCUCCUCUCCCAACGACCUGUUCGACCACGACGGCGGGGGCUACCUCGAAUGGCUCGGGACGAAACCAUCCAGGUCGGUGGUGUACAUCUCGUUCGGGAGCUCGUCGGUGAUGAGCAAGAACCAGGUCGCCGAGAUCGCCGCCGCGAUGGCGGCGUCCAAUAGACCGUUCCUGUUGGUGCUUCGGAAGGACAACUGCAAGGACGAAGAGGAAAAUGCGGCCAUCAAGAAGCUCGUCGCGGCGGCCGCGGCGGCCACAGACGGCGGCGGCGGCGGCGGCAUGGCGGUGGCGUGGUGCGACCAGGCGCGCGUGCUGUCCCACCCGUCGGUGGGCUGCUUCGUGACGCACUGCGGGUGGAACUCGACGCUGGAGGCCGUGGCGUGCGGCGUCCCCGUGGUGGCGGCGCCGCAGUACUCCGACCAGGGCACCAACGCGUGGCUGGUGGAGCGGAUGGGGGUCGGCGUGCGCGCGGCCGUGCGGCGCGGGGCGGACGGCGUGCUGGAGGCCGCCGAGCUGAGGAGGUGCGUGGAUGCCGCCAUGUCGGAGACCGUGGCGUCGCGCGCCGCGGAGUGGAAGGAGGAGGCGCGCGCCGCCGUUGCCGGCGGCGGGGCAUCGGAGAGGAACCUGAACGAGUUCGUCGGACAGUUUAUUUCCAAAUAACUGGAAUUAAUUUUUUUUCUACCAGGAUAUAGAUAAUUAGUACACUAUUGGAGAAUAUUAUUGUAAUAAUUGAUUAAGAGUAUGUAUCUUGGGAAUAGAUGCUUUUGGAAUCAAAAAGUAAAAUAAAACUGACUGACUAUCCCCUCCGACCAUGAUAAGUUAUGAAACAAAUGAUAUCAUUCAGUAUCACGUGAUAGCAAGAUUAAU